UAAAGAGUCAAGAUAAUUACUGGUACAAGCGGGGAUUACAUCCACUGGGGAGGAUAUAAAUGGGAGGCCCUCGUACCAGUUAUCUCAGCGGCUCCUGCCUUCACCAUGAAGUCCAGCAACCUCUUCUUCCUCGUGGUACUGCUCACCGUGGUGUCCUUGGCUUCAUCUCGGACCCAGAAAACUGUCGUUAAAGAGCCAGUAAGGAAAGGAACAUGCCCAGUUGUGAUGGGCCGAUGCUUAAUGCUGAACCCUCCAGACAGCUGUACGAAAGACACACACUGUCCUCUUCCAAAGAAGUGCUGUGAAGGCAUGUGUGGGAAGACCUGCAUGACCCCUGUGCCAGAUAAUAAACCAGGGGAGUGCCCACCAGACCCUUACCGCUGCAUUAGGGAAGAAUCACCACAAUGUGCCAAUGAUUCUAAUUGCCUCCAAAAUAAGAAAUGCUGCUAUUUUCAUUGUGGUUUCAAGUGUGUAGACCCCAGCAGCACAAAGGACCAUAAAGGUUGAUUCCUUCUCAGAACAUAUAUUUGGAUUCCACGAUGGCAAUACACAUUCUCUCUCUGGCCAUUAUGGAAGAGCAUCUCCCAUGGGCCAGACCAAUGACCAAGAACUCCUGGAUGGUGGAGGGCCCUGUCUUCUUUUUUUGUUACCUCAAGCAAAAUGCUCCAGGCUUGGUAAAGGCCUGGUUGCAGCUUUUAUCCUUAGAGCCCCACUUGGUAUAGGGCUUCCCAAGUAAUAGGAACUGAUUGAACCCUUGUUGUUGUCACUCUUACCCCAUAAUCUUUAGUGCAAAAUAAAACACACCCUGUGAAGGAGGACACAAAUAUCUUCCAUUCAAUAAAAUGCAAGUUCUUUGAUGUCA